AUGCUUAUCGACACCGGAUCAUCCUUAACACUUAUUAAUUCAUAUUUGUUAUCACAAUUUGAUGCACACAUUCGAAAAUAUCUUCGCCCACCACCGAAAAAUAUUCAGCUCCAAUUAGCCGACAAAUCACCGUUAUAUAUCAAUCACACAUUAAGAGUUCCAAUUACUAUUGAUAAUAUCACACAUUAUUAUACCGUUUAUGUUGUCCCUCGACUAGGACGCCGUUGUAUAAUCGGAAACAAUUUUAUCAAACAGAAAAACCUACAAAUUGAUGGGGGACAACAGCUCGUAUAUUAUAAACGACCUAUGUUAACAAGAAAUCAUCACGGACAAUCAUCUACUAGUGAAACUGAAAAAAUUAACCAAACUCAACUAACUAUCAACAACACUGAAAACGCUGAACAAACACAGCAAUUUACCAACGAAACGGAAAAUACUGAUGAAACACAACCAAUGAAUAAUAAAUUAUCUCAAGUCAACGAAGCUGAAUACAUAUUAUACGCUAUUGAACAGAUGACAAUUCCACCCUAUCACGUAUGCAAUGUUCAGGUAAAACCGACUGUCCCAUUUGCUUCCACAGAAGACAAUGAAAACGACGAAUAUGAACUCGGCACUUAUAGUCGUAAUAAUAGAGCACAUCAGAAAACACCACUCGUCGCAAAUGGAAUUAUCUCACCAAAAGAACAUCUUCAAAUUCAAACAGCAAAUCUAUCCAAAGCGACAAUCAUCAUUUCAGCGGGUCAAAAACUUGCAACUAUGUCACGAAUGAAUCCGCAACAAUUAUAUGCUAUUAAUCAUCUGACAACAGCUAAUAACAAACAAGCAACAACGAUAAAUGAAACUAAACACAAUGUUGACCUUUCUAAUACCGAUUUGACUAACGACCAAAAAGAAAAAUUAGAAGAACUAUUAGAAAAGUAUCCGGACGUAUUUACGAACAAACCAGGAAAAACAACAAAAUUAAAACACGAGAUACAUAUUAAAGAAGGCACUCGACCAAUUAAUGCGCCACCUUAUCGAUGCGCUCCAAACAGACGACAGAUUAUAGAAGAUAAUAUUACCGAAAUGCUUAAAGAAAAAAUAAUUACUCCAUCUAAUAGCCCAUGGGCAUCUCCCGUCGUAUUAGCACCCAAAAAAGACGGCUCGCUACGUUUUUGCAUUGAUUAUCGCAAACUCAACGCUGUUACAGUUAGAGAUGCUUAUCCUAUUCCAAGAGUCGACGACACACUUGAUGCUCUCGACGAAGCAAAAUUUAUUUCUACACUCGAUCUUCGAUCAGGAUAUUGGCAAGUAGAAAUGGAUCCCGAAAGCCAAGCAAUGACGGCAUUUAUUAGCCACAAAGGCCUCUAUGAAUUCAAAGUAAUGCCAUAUGGAUUAACGAACGCACCUGCUACGUUUCAACGCCUGAUGGAUAUUGUUCUUGCCGGCCUUAAAUGGAAAUCGUGUCUCGUAUAUAUCGAUGAUGUUAUUAUAUACUCAUCCAAUUUUAAUCAACAUAUUAAUGAUUUAACAGAAGUAUUUGAUGCAUUACGAAACGCCAACUUAACGUUAAAAGCAUCUAAAUGUCAUUUUUGCCGUAAUGAAAUUAAAUAUUUAGGUCAUAUCAUAACCAAACAAGGGAUUAAACCUGAUCCAGACCUUAUUGCAUCUGUAACAAAAUUUCCAAGACCACAAAAACUCAAAGACGUACAAGCAUUUCUUGGUCUAACUGGUUAUUAUCGGCGAUUUAUACAAAAUUAUGCCAAAAUAGCAGAACCAUUGCUCAAACAAAUUCGUCAUCACAAGAAUACAAAAAAUACAAAUUAUCACAUAACAUGGAAUGAUGAAUGUGAACAAGCAUUUGAAAUAUUAAAACAAAAAUUAAUUUGUAAUCCAAUUAUGAAUACACCAAAUUUUCAACAACCAUUCAUUCUCGAAUUAGAUGCUUGUGCAUAUGGUCUAGGUGCUGUUCUUGCCCAAGAAUAUGAUAAUAAAAAAUUCGUUAUUGCAUAUGCAAGCCGGACAUUAUCAUCAGCUGAACGCAACUAUAGUGCUACAGAACGAGAAGCCCUUGCAAUAGUUUGGGCAACAAAACAUUAUCGUCCUUACAUCGAAGGAAUGGAAAUAAUUGUUCGGAGUGAUUGUCAAGCCCUUCAAUGGCUCAAAGAAGCAAAAGACAUUACUGGUCGUUUAGCCCGAUGGGCAAUGCAUCUUGCAGCAUUUCAAAUUAAAGAAAUAAAAUACAAACCAGGCACUGCCAAUACCAAUUCAGAUUCGUUAUCUAGAUAUCCUCAAGAAUCAACAUCGAACAACUACGAUGAAAUUACAGAAAUUCAAGCAGUUAUUAAUAUUUGGGAAAAUACAAAUAUGUUAGAUAACAUUAGACAAGAACAACAAAACGAUACAAAAUUAAAAUCUAUUAUUGACGAUCUUCGAGCAAGUGGUACACCAACAUUUAGUCCAGUACGUUCACCAUACGUACUCGUCAAUGAUCUAUUAUAUAAAAUUCGCAACACUAUUAAAAAUCAAGAUCAUCGAAUUAUUAGUAAUAAACAUCUUCUCGUUAUUCCGGCGUCAAUGAGAAAGAAACUUAUUGAAUGGGCCCAUGAUCAUCCAAUGGCUGGACAUGCAGGUCGAACAAAGACGAUACACCGAUUAUCAUCACGAGUGUUUUGGCCAGCACUUCGAAAAGACGUUUAUAAAUACGUUCAAGGAUGCAUCUCAUGCCAACAGUUUAAAUACAAUACUCAGCCACUAUCAAUGCCAAUGCAACUGCACAUGGUAACAGAACCAUGGCACACAAUAGGUGUUGACAUUAUGGGACCGUUUCCGAUUACACAAAGACAAAAACAAUAUUUACUUGUAGUCGUCGAUUAUUUCACCCGAUGGGUAGAAUUAUUUCCGUUACGAACAACAACUUCCAACACGAUUGCAAACGUAUUAGUAGAUCAAGUAUUUUGUCGAUAUGGAACACCUUUCUUUAUUUUAUCCGAUAAUGGACCUCAAUUCAUUGCAGAAUUAUUUUCAGAAGUAUUGAAAUCACUUCGUAUGGGACACAAAUUAACCGCCAAUUAUCAUCCCCAAACGAACAUGACUGAACGAGUGAAUCGAACUCUUAAACAACAGAUACGUAUUUAUGCCCAACAAAAUCACAAAGCAUGGGAUGCAGAAAUUCAAAAAUUAGCCUUCGCAAUUCGAACUUCAGUUAAUGAGACAACCGGUGAAACACCAGCAUUCCUGAACUUUGGUAGAGAUCUUAAAGUCCCACUAGAUUUACUCUACGGCGAACCAGUACAAAAUUCGACAUCAAAUUUGCCAGAUAACAAGUUAAUUCAACAUUACAAACGCAAUCUGACUGAAACUUUACAAACAGCAUUUCGAAUAGUUCGCGAAUAUGCUGAAAUACAAAAAUUAAAACAAAAAAGUCAAUACGACCGUCAUACUACGAAUAGACAAUUUGACGUUGGUCAACACGUAUGGGUAAUGAAACCAGCUGGUCAUAUAGACGGACAGUGUAUUACAAAUAAACUAAUGCCCAAAAAAGAAGGACCAUGUGAAAUUAUAGAAAAACGGUCUCCAACAACAUUUAUUAUAAAACGUUUAUCGGACAAUGUUAACCUAGGUACGGUGAACGCUGAUAGAAUCGAACCAUAUUAUUACCAAGUAUUAAGCGAAGAAAAUGAAACAGACAUAGCCAACAAUAAGAACGACCAAACAAACACUACACUGGAAACAUCAACAUCGACCAAUAAUGAUCUGCCUUUGCCAGUACCAAUCAGAUCAUCAAGUCGGACUCACCGAGUUCCGAUACGAUACCGUCAAUAA